UAAAAAUAACGGUCCUAUCGCCGUUUACCUUCCCUUGACCUUUACUCUCCUUGCGCCCCCUCUUCUUUUCGUCUUUCCCCCAGAGAAAGAAUGGGAUCUCCGGACGGCUCCGAGAACGGAAGCUUUCGCGAAAAGGGGGGCGAGGGAUCCAUUGUCAUCAAUGGCGGUCGCUCUUCUUCUCUAAUCUUUCUCGGCACCGGAUGCUCGAGCUGUGUCCCCAACGCCAGGUGCCUGAUCCAGCCCACCGAUCCUCCCUGUGCCGUCUGCACCCAGUCCCUCUCCGUUCCCCCCGAGCGCAACCCUAACUACAGAUGCAACACUUCGCUUUUGAUUGAUUAUUGCCAGGAUGAUGGUGUCCACAAAUAUAUCUUGAUUGAUGUUGGAAAGACCUUUAGAGAGCAAGUUUUGCGGUGGUUCAUCCAUCACAAGGUUCCUCAAGUAGAUUCUAUAGUUUUGACUCAUGAACAUGCGGAUGCAGUUCUUGGUCUUGAUGAUAUUCGGGUGGUACAACCAUUCAGUGCUACAAAUGAUAUUGCUCCAACUCCAGUUUAUCUUUCUCAGUAUGCAAUGGACAGCCUUGCAAUAAAAUUUCCUUAUUUAAUGAAGAAGAAGUUGAAAGAAGGUGAAGAAUUAAGACGUGUUUCUCAACUUGACUGGAAAAUAAUUGAAAGCGACCCCGAAAAAACAUUUAUGGCCUCAGGCCUAGUGUUUGUCCCUUUGCCAGUAAUACAUGGUGAGGAUUAUGUCUCUCUAGGCUUCCUUUUUGGGAAAAAGUCAAGAGUUGCAUAUAUAUCUGAUGUUUCACGCUUCCCUGCUAGUACCGAGAAUGUUAUAUCAAAAUCUGGAGCAGGACAGCUGGAUCUUCUAAUCUUGGAUACACUAUUCAAGGAGAACUCACAUAACGUUCACUUUUGCUUGCCCCAGACUCUUGACGCUAUAAAGAGAAUAUGCCCCAAGCAGGCACUACUAAUUGGAAUGACACAUGAGUUUGAUCAUUACAAGGAUAACAUGCUUCUUGCAGAAUGGUCAAGACGAGAAGGGAUCCCAGUGCAGCUUGCUCAUGAUGGUUUACGAGUGUUCAUUGAUUUGUAAUUAGAUUAAAAAUAUACAACCAUUUGGAGGUGGUCUUGUUUAGUUGCCAAGCCACCCUUUAUAUGCCGUAAUCAGUUUUACAAGGAUCAGUUCUCCAUUUGUUUUCUCUCAUCAGUCGCCCACAGCGGCAGCUUACAAAGACAUGCUUGAUGGUAUAUGUUUUCUUGAUACAUUUUUCUUACAAGUAUAGUGCGGAUACCUUUUUAAGGAGUUGGACACCCACAAGACACACUUGUUUUUGAACUUCACAUGAAGAAAAAUGUCAGCAAUUAUGUGAUA